AUGGAAAGCACCUUCCUCAAGCGCUUCAAAAUAAAGCUCAGCAAGCACAACGGAAAUUUUGAUAUACCUGUUUCAGCUCCAAUUGACAAGAAAAUAAAAGAUUCGCAGAUUUAUGGGAAAGUUUCAGUGCAAACCAAUCAAAACUCCGGCUCUUUACUGUCGAAAAACCAAAAAAACUUACAUGGGCAAUCACCAAUUUUACCAGAGAUCAAGCCUAGUGAGAAACUCACUAUAACUUCAAGCGCUUCACAAAAGGCUGCAAUAUUUACCGAUGUAAAAACCAUAAAAAAUAAACAAAGGCAGCAGUCCGUGUAUAUCCAAAAUAAUUAUCAUAAAAAAUCAAGGCGAGACAUGAAAGUUAGCCAGUCACUUGAUUUUAAAGGAAAAGAAGAUUUAGAUAUUUUUCAAGAAAAGAGCUUAGAUGAUAAUCAAGCCUUGCAUACACCGCCUAACAGCAGCUCUCCAAUUCCUAUUAACUCGCAAAAACUCACUUAUGCGUCGAGAAACUCGACUGUUGACUCAGUGAAAAGGUAUAGGCCUUAUACGAUGAGAGACUAUGUGAAAAUAAAAACAGACAAAUAUAUGAUGUUUGGAGGGCUUGGACCGAAUAUUGGGAGUGAGAAUUGAAAAAAGGCUUCCGGAUAAAUAAAAUGGCAUUCGGUUCGAGAGAAAUUGGCUCUGCCAAUUUUCUCUCCCUCAUGGAAUUUUAUUUAUGGGGUUGGGUUUUCUCUCGAGAACUUCUGCACAGCAAUAGUCGUUUAACUUUGGGGAUAACCAAAGGCACGACUCCUCAGUGCACUCAAGAUUUCGGAGUUUUACCUCUCAGCACGUCCCCACGGGAGGAUGACCCUUAGGCGGAAACACGCGCAGGAGCUGAGUCUGGACGAGCGACGGCAACGCGCCGGGUGAGAUGUGCGGCGAUUUAUCUGGCGACUAGCCUCAUAGAAGGCUUGGGUGUGGGCUGACCACAUAUUCCAAGAUGGCUUGGUGACGUCACUAGUUGUCGCUUUGACCCUUUUUCAUUAAGGGGUGUGGGCACUAGACACCUUAAAAACUAUGUAACUAAGUAAGUAAGAAAAAAGGCUUCGGAAAUAAAAGAAAGGAUGGCAAAGUAUUAUAAGUUGAUUCAAGAUAGUUACAGAAGCGUAUAA